AUGUACAGGAAUAAAUGGGUGCUCAACAACACCGAAGUCCCAUUAUUCUUCCUCGAUGCGCAACUCUUCAUUGCCGUCAUACUGUUCCUUUUCGCACACAUGGUUGGAUUGCUCCAGCUGCCAUUACGCCUCGAUCUACAAGUUUGCAAGGGACUGAUUCCAAUGGUCGGGCUGAACGUUGUUGGUCUGAGCUUCUCCAACUACACGCUAAAGUAUGUCGACGCGUCCUUUUACCAAGUCGCCCGCGGCAUGGUUCUUCCCUUCACUGUCGGAACGUCCUUCGUCAUCCUACACGCUCGGCCUUCGUUGCGGAUCCUGCUCGCGUGCUCAAUCGUGACAUUCGGUUUCUUCAUCGGUGUCUUCCUUGACGGCACGUCGGUUUCGGUCAUCGGUGUAACGUUCGGCGUGGUGAGCUCCAUGAUCACUGCUGUGCACUCGGUCGUUAUCAAGAAGGCCCUCGACGUCGUGCACGGCAGUGCGCUGCACCUCUCCUGGUACACCAACCUGCUUAGCGCGAUUGUACUUGCGCCUCUCCUUCUCCUCGCUGGUGAGCUUCCUGGCGUGACGGCGCUGCUGUUCGGCCCGAAUAUCUCGGCUCCGGGUGAGAUGAGCACGUUGACGACGUUCAUGGUCGGCUCUGCUGUCACGGGCGUGUUCGGCUUCCUCAUGAGUAUCGCGAGCUUGCUAUCUAUCAAGGUGACCUCGCCAAUCACACACAUGGUUUCAUCUGCUGUCCGUGGUGUCGCAGCGUCCCUUCUGGGAAAGUCGCUUUUUGGCGACACGAUCACCUCCGGUCGUGCUUCAUCUAUCGGUACCAUCCUCCUCGGUUCUAUAUACUACACAUGGAUCAAGCACCUCGAGUCUCUCCCUCAGACGAGGUCAGCAAAUGGUCACACGUAUGCACAGGCGUCCCUAGAGAAGGCUGAGGCCGGGGAGGGCAAGCCAGAGGAAUACAAUGCGCCCUUGCCUGGUGGACUGGGAAAACUUGCCGUUUAG